AUGGCCACGGCACCGGUGCCGGUGAUCGGCCCUUUUCAAGGGCAGCGCACACUGCAGCCAGGGAUGCGUGUGCGUAUUGGUGCACACCUUGUGACUGUGUCUCGAUUUCUCAGCAGUGGUGGCUUUGCCCAAGUAUACCUAGUCGAAGCCGACGUGCCUGUGCCGAUUCCAGGUCACGAGCACCGCGACACUACUCUCGUUCUCAAGCACAUGUGCGUAUGGAACAAGGAUGCGCUUGCGAGUGUGCGUGGCGAAGUCGAGUAUCAUCGCGGGCUCCGUGGACAUGAAUCGAUCGUGCACUUUGUGGAAGCGUCGGCUGCCUCUCUUGUGGGUGACGGUUGGGAAAUAUUUAUCUUGAUGGAGUACUGUGCCGGCGGCGGACUCAUUGACUUUUUAAACACAAGACUCCAGCAUCGGCUCCGCGAGGACGAAGUAUUGCGCAUCUUCCGGGACGUUUGCGAAGCUGUCUUGAUUAUGCAUCACCAGGACCCUGUGCUGGUGCAUCGCGACAUCAAAAUUGAAAAUGUACUGCGCACCACAUCGAGCCCACCGCGCUUCAAGUUAUGUGAUUUCGGCUCCUGCUUUCCUCUGCUUUCGCGACGUGCAGCCAAGAGUGCGGAAGAGAUUCAGCGCUGCGAGCGCGAACUAAAUCAACACACAACCAUGCAGUAUCGAGCGCCAGAAAUGAUCGAUCUCGGUAUGCAUGUCCCCAUCACAGAAAAGGCCGAUAUAUGGGCGCUCGGUGUGUUUCUGUACAAGCUGUGUUACUAUACCACCCCGUUCGAAGCGCCAGGUGCGGGUCCUGCCGCCAUUCUACAGGCUCGCUUUGAAUACCCAGACAAACCCCUUUACUCCAGCGCUCUACGUGCGCUCAUUCAAUCCAUGCUCCAAGUCGAUGCUGAGGCUCGUCCAAGCAUCGACUCGAUCCUAGAAAGUGUGGAGCUCCAGCUUCUGUCCCUCACUACGCCCACGCCGCCUGAGACGGUCGCCCGAGCAAAGACACCCACGCCGAGACCACCAUCCAUCCGACCUGUUGCAUCGCGGUCCUCACUGCGGCCGAGAUCCGUGGCCCGGCCAUCGAGAGUCACCACGCCGCCUGCCACACAGAGCAAGGCCGCUCGGUCGUCAGAGCGACCCGACUCCCUCAUUCUGAAUGUGUCUCUUGACGACGUAGUGGCACGGUAUCCGAGUCUGCAGGAGCUCGAUCAGGCUGAGCAGGUGCCCCGACAAAGCGUCAAGGCAAUGGUGCAGCAGCUCGACACCGAGUCACCGCCGCGGGCCGUAUCUAUCCCCAUGGAAAAGAGCACUUCUGCUUCCAUGCGCGACAAACCAGCUCAUACGCUCGUGGAUGUGGAUCUAAGCUCGAGUGACGAAGAGCAUGAGGCGCCGGAAGAUGUGAAUGUGCGCGUCCGCCCCAAUUCCUCCCACCCGCAUCGCAGGCCCCAGGUCCUGUCACCUGCCGAGUCGGUCCAUACGCUGCUGGAGGAAAACAGCCACAUGGAAAAGAAUACAGCUUCUUUACCACCGCCCUCCUCCGCACCGAGUGGGGACCACGACGACGAGCUGGCUAGGCUAGCUGAGCACGAAAAAGCACUGCAACAGCUACUUGGUGAACAUCGCCCCACCCCUGCAGCCGCACCGCGUCGAGCGUCGGUGGUGCCGCCGCCGCCCAAAGCCAAGCCCGCCUCUCUCUCACGUCGUCAGAGCACAGCACAUGAGCCACGUGUUGGCCAACUUGUACCCUUGUCUCAUAAACCUACCCCAUCACCGCCCAGCAACACGCCAAAGGACCACACCCAGCCUCCCACUCCCCAUGCUUCGAUGAACGAGGUCCGCAACAUGUUUGAGCAGGUAUCGGUAUCAGCUGCGCGGCCUGCUACACCGGCUCCCAAGCGCACGUCGUUAGUCCGUGCCUCUUCCGAGAUGCGUCGCUCGUCCACAUGGGACGCGGCAAAAUCUCCGCAUCGAACGUAUGUCCAUCAGGGCACAUCGCCUGGUCUUCCAUCCACGCCUGUAUCUGAGAAUCCAAUUAUGCUUGCAGGAACGAAUGCGAAUGUGGCCACAUCAGACGCAGCAGCCCGUGUUAGUACCAUGCUCGCUCAGCAACGCGACGGCGGCGUGCGUCUUACCAAGCCUGUGACUCGCGAAGCGCCCACUUAUCCAGCCACUAGGCAACGGGCGUUUCCUGUGCCGAAGCCGGAGCCAGAUACUUCGCCUCUCGACACCGAACCGGAGCAGGCUUUUACGGGCGUGAGUGCCCUGAUCCACAAAUGGCAGACACAUGCAUAG